AUGGAGUUUCAACUGGAUGAGUUUUUUGAGGCGCCCACUUUGGAGGCUAAGAAGGCUGUCUUGAAAGCGGAUUUACUGGCGGCAUUGGUACAGAAGGGGGUCUUUCCCGCAGCCGUCUUGUCUGGAAGCCCACGUUCUUCGUCCAGGUCUGGGGAUGAGGCUGUGCGGCUGAAGGAGUUGGAAGUGGAGUCGCAGCGGAUUGCGUUUGCUUUGAGGGAGAAGGAGUUGGACGCAGAGAUUCGUUUGCAGGAAUUGGAGCUGAGUAUGCGGUGGCGGCGCUGGAACCGGUUCUGUCGCAGGAAGUGCCGAGCCGCGGUGAAGUCUGUGGUGUUCUAUUGGCUCGUCAUCAUCCUGGUGUUUCUCAACACACUCACCAUCGCCUCAGAGCACUACAACCAGCCUGAGUGGCUCACACAACUGCAAGACGUAGCUAACAAGCUGCUCCUGUCCAUGUUCACGUGUGAGAUGCUGGUGAAGGUCUACAGCCUGGGUCUGCAGUCGUACCUGGUGUCUCUCUUUAACCGCUUCGACUGCUUCGUGGUUUGCGGCGGCAUCGUGGAGACCAUCCUGGUGGAGCUCGCCGUCAUGAGUCCGCUCGGCAUCUCCGUCUUCCGCUGCGUCCGCCUCCUGCGCAUCUUCAAAGUCACGCGUCUUGGUCACUGGGCGUCCCUCAGUAACCUGGUGGCCUCUCUCCUGAACUCAAUGAAGUCGAUAGCGUCGCUGCUGCUGCUGCUCUUCCUCUUCAUCAUCAUCUUCUCGCUGCUCGGGAUGCAGCUGUUCGGAGGAAAGUUCAACUUCGACGAAACCGUGACCAAGAGGAGCACGUUCGACAACUUCCCCCAAGCUCUGCUCACCGUCUUCCAGAUCCUGACCGGAGAGGACUGGAACACAGUGAUGUAUGAUGGCAUCAUGGCGUACGGUGGCCCCGCCUCCUCUGGGAUGGUCGUCUGCAUCUACUUCAUCAUCCUCUUCAUCUGCGGGAACUACAUUCUCCUGAAUGUGUUCUUGGCCAUCGCCGUUGACAACCUGGCUGACGCAGAGAGCCUGAACUCCGCUCAGCAGGAGGAGGAGGAGGCGAGGAGGAGACAGGAGGAGGAGGAGGUGGAGAGGAGGAGGAACAGCCUCAAGGAGGUGCAGGGCGACUGGAAGAGGGAGCAGGAGGUGCCAGUCUCUGAGAAGUCUCCUGAGGAGGACCUGUUGGACGAUGAGAAAGACCCGUUCGCAGCCCUGAACUCUCCAGAUGAGGACCUCCCUGAGGCCCCUGUGGGCCCUCGGCCCCUGAGACUCUCUGAGCUCAACCUCAAAGAGAAGAUUCCACCAAUCCCAGAGGGCAGCGCCUUCUUCCUCUUCAGCCGCACCAACCCGUAA